UCCAGUUGUGCAGACCGCUGUAAGAAAACAUGGACAGCUAUGAGGAAUUCUGCGCACGCAUUCUGUCUGAACUGCAGUCGGAAAUUAUGCAUGAGAUGAGCUGCAGUACCGCACCUGCGCGAGGGGUGGCGCACUCUCUCAUCCGCCUUCAUGGCAGGCCACUUCUGUCUCCGGUUCUAAGUGAGAACCAAAGAAGGGAGAUGGUUGAAUACAGGAAAAGAGCGUCACAAAUGGAGGCAGACAGACAGAUUCAUCAUAACAAUAACUUCCUCAAUCAGAUUCAGGCCAUUCUUUGGACCAAUAAGGCACCAAAAAUAUUGGACGUACCAAAGCCUUCAGAGCAGUGCUCGUCUCCCUCUCCAAAAUUAGACUGCAGGAAUGGUCUUACUGAUACUGCACAUCUCACACCUACUGGGACCACAGAGCCUUACAUUUUAUCUAAUAAGCCAUCAGUGACCCCACCAGCUGAGCUCCCUGAACUUAUGAGAGGAAAAGAGAAGGAAACUGAAACAGAAGGAGUUUGUCUGCAGAACCUCCUGAAGAAAUCACGGGAAUUUAUUGAAAAAGAACAAGGUAAACCGGGAUCAAAGGUCAUCGGCACCAAAAUCCCGUUUGAUAAAGAAAACGGCACUUCUCUGGCCUCUGGUUUACCCUGUUAUAAUCCCUCACCUAAUCGGACCUCUCCUAAUAAUCUAAGAAGUCCAGAGUCUGGUCUAAAUGGCAUUUUAAGACCCCAUCACGGGCGUCCUCGUCCCAUUUCUGCUGGCAACAUCUUCUUCUCUUUCCCUGACGACCCCAACCAACCAAACAAUACAGCCAAUGCAAGGCCACAGGGAGUAAACACAAUUGCGACGCAGGAGAGGAAGGAACAUGUGAGUACGGGUCGAUAUGAUGACCACCCCAGGUUGAACGAGACAUCUCCGGUGGAUCCUGAGUCCACGAGCCCUCUGUUCCGAAGGAGAUGCCACACGCUGGACAGUCACCUGUCCUCCGGCCAUCAGAGUCCGCUCAUAGACCGGAGCCAGGAGAGAAUGCCUCGGUUUAUGGCCGGGGUCACUGCGAGAACGCACACUCGACUGUCUCCUCCUUCACCAAUGAGCAAGACUUUCACACGGGACAGUCCCACAGCUGCAUUUAUGGGCUCUGGAAUAUCCCCAGACUCUCCUUCUCAUGCAAAGGUAUCAUUUGAGGGAAACAGUAUCAUCAGCACAGCGCUGCAAGAAAGGAGAGCAGACGAGAUGCAAUGGCAGGUCCACGCUCUAGAAGACAUGCAGAGGUCUCUGGAGGAUGACUAUGCUUUCAGAUUAUCGUGUCUGGUGGCAGAACAAGAGCGAGAACAACGGCAUCACAGUCAGGAGUCGGAGGAGCGGGUCAGGAGACUGAGGGGUCAGGGUGGUCUGAGUCCUCUAGCGGGCGAGGACGGGUGUGAACGUUACCCUAUACUGAGCCCCAUCAUGUGCCCUUUAAGCCCUGGAGAAAGAUCGCCAAGACACCCUGUGCCAGUCUUUGAAGAAAUAAAAUCAUAUUUAGAACAAUAUGAUGAAAUGAUGUCAUUUUGGGGUUUAGAUGUGGCAUCAUCACCCUCAAUACAGGCGUCCAUAUAUACGAGAGGCCUAAAUCAUCACAGCACAGGGAAGAGCAGAAACAGGCUGAGUCAGGUUAUAACAGUGGAGCAGCAGAGGGCGCUGUGUCGCCUCACUGCUAUCGUGAAGGGCUUUCUGACCAGGCGACUGCUCACAACUGAGAAAGUCAAACACCUGCGUCAAACCGUGCAAGACACGCAGGAGUUCAUUCGUUCAUUCGGCAAUAAUGCCGUUCAAAGAAACGACCAACUGUCAGAGCAAGAUGUGUCUCUGCAAGAGCGCGUCAGAGCCCAGUUACGUGCGGCCUUGUUUGACAUUCAUGAUAUCUUCUUCACUAUGACACUAGAGGAGCGUUUGUCUCUGCUGCAGCAAGACCGAGAGCUGAGAGCUGAGAGGAAACUCAGAGAGAUGGAAAAAGCAAAAAGCCCCAAGGUGAUUUUAUCUGCUGCAACCCAGAAAUCUCUUGAUAGGAAGAAAAGAGUUGGUGAAUCUCCAGGUCAGACCAGACGAGCUCAGAAAACCAAGAGUCCCCCUACAAAAAGGAUCCUGCAGCCCAGUCAGGGCCAGAACGCUCCGGUUUCAGGCCAGCAGCUCCUGCGCCGCGGGAGUUACAAGAAGACUCCAGAGGAGAGAGUUCAGCGUUCGGAGAGGCUGAAGAAACAGCAUUCGCUGGGUUGAUCUGGACAUGAAAAAUAAUAUUGUGCUAAUCAUAGAGAUACAUUUAAAGAUACUCUCCUGCUUGCCAUCUCAUUGAAUCCUGAUUAUUAAUUUAUUUCCUCCCGUUAUUCAACAACUGCAUAUGUG